AGCUUUUACGCUUACACGAGCCGCGUAAUCGCACCAUCAUCACUACCACCAAUCAGUGAGCUCACCGUCAGAGCCCGGUCCCGGUCUAAUCUGUAUGGACAUUUUCCUGGCCUCGAACAGCCAAAAGGAUAGUUUUUCCAAACAAAUGAGCAUUAGUGUACUUUUUACUAAGUUUUUGAUCGGUUUUACUGUGUGUGACUACGUAUGUAAUCGAAGAAAUGAGCCGUCAUGAGGAUUAUGUGCAACUUUUCAGCUUCUUCAGAUAGGAAAAUUGAGCUGGGAAUACAGGACGUGCGUUGAGUGUACAAUUUUCACAGGAUGCCAAUUUGGGUAGCGAUUAAAAUGGAUACAUAAAGCAGUGUUUCUCUCAAGGGAUAUAAAGCAAGAAAGUGCGGGGAUAAUUGAGACGCCGUCACAAGCAGAAUGUGUACAACAUAGAAGCAUGAAUACAUGAAUGAAAAAAAACUAUCUUUCAAUUGAAAGUGGCCGAAAACUAGAAAUAAGUUGGAAACGGAGGUCAUUUGCUGGAGCAGUUGAAUCAUUUUUGGAAACCCAAAAUAUCUGUGAAAAGUUUUCAGUUCACGAAGGUAAUUUUCCAAAUUACAAUUUACAAUGCACUCACGUCUGCUGAUGCUGUUCUGGCGAAAGAAGCUUCUCCUGCUGGUGUCGUCGAUGCUAUUCCUGGUUGCUCUUUGGUUCUGGGGGUUUCUCUACACAACGCAUGUCAGCGAUGGCGGUAAAAUCGUUUCAGUUAAAGAGCUUAUGAUGGGUGGCAGUGGAAACGGAGCGCACCAUGAGAGCCUUCUUCAAAGGUUAGGAUUCUACGAUGACGUUCCCCCCGAUGAAGGGCAAAGUGAAAGUGGUACCGGUGGGGUCAAAUUCGUCAGACCGACAGGCAGUUCCGUCAACAGGAUCAGAGGUAAAUUCAUAGAUGGAUGGGAAAGCAUCCUCCUGGACCGAGAUGAAAGGCCCAGUAAUACAAAACAGGAACAAGUGAAACGAAAGUCGGCGGAGGAACUACGAGAAGCAGUGGAAAGACAAAAUCACUACGAGCACGAGCUUAGAAAGAUGGGAGUUCCGAUCAUUGCCGGAAUCGGACCCGGAGGUCAUCCUCCUCCUGUUCAACGGUUAGUUCAUCUAGAUCUUAAAGGAGCACCCCCAAAGGUUUCCUAUUUGAAAAGACUUAUGCCCAUCAUGAAGACUUUGGGGGCUACAGGAAUCUUACUAGAAUACGAGGACAUGUUUCCAUACAGUGGAGUGCUGUCUCCAAUAGCCGCAAAGAAUGCCUAUUCUAAGGAUGAAAUUUUGGAAGUCCUCAAGACGGCGUUCAGUUUAGGACUCAACGUCAUACCGCUGGUUCAAACUUUCGGUCAUCUGGAGUUUGUACUUAAACUGCAAGAGUUUCAACACCUUCGUGAGGUAGAGGAUGCCCCACAAGCGCUAUGUCCCAGUUUGAAUUCGUCAAUGGUAUUCCUAGAGGAAAUGCUUAAUCAAGUAAUAGAGUUCCAUACCCCUUCGAAAAACAUAAAUCUCCUGCACAAAGAAGACAUAGAAAAGCUUACCCCUAAGUUAACCCACAUCCAUAUAGGUUGUGACGAAGUGUUCCAGAUAGCGCAAUGCAAUCGAUGUAAGAAUCGUCAGAAGGACCUGCUCUUCCUCGAUCAUGUUUACAACGUGGCCACAAUGAUCCACAAGAAAUGGCCCCACUUGAAAAUCAUCAUCUGGGACGAUAUGCUUCGGCAUAUGUCGCUCGAUACCCUUCAAACCUCCGGUGUCGGUAAACUCGUCGAACCCAUGAUCUGGGUCUACGCCGAAGACAUCUACAAAUUCAUCCAAUCGUCUACUUGGGACAAGUACGCCAACGUCUUCAGCACUGCCUGGGCUGCAUCAGCUUUCAAGGGUGCGCAUGGAGAAGCCCUAGUGCUUCCACCAAUUCGCCGUCAUCUGGAAAAUACCCUCCGAUGGUUAGCAGUAAUGCAGGGUGAAGGAACGCGAUUCUCUCACGGAAUACAAGGCUUGGCCCUGACCGGAUGGCAACGCUACGAUCAUUUCGCGAUACUUUGCGAACUUCUGCCAGGUGCUCUUCCAUCGCUCGCUGUGUGUCUCUCAACAGCUUCGCGUGGGUACUUCGACGUUAACCCAAGAACUAAUCCCGUAUUGAGCAGCUUGACUUGCCCGGAACCAUCGAGCGAGCGACACGCAUGGGUUGAGCUGCACAAGGAUUCGAUGCUGUCAACGUUUUCGCGGUGCAUGUUCCCGGGCAGUGUGAUCUAUCGGUUUAUGCUUCGCCUGAUGACGCUAAUGACCGAAGCGAAAGAGUACAUCGACGAGGUGAAGAACAAACGUGGCUGGCUAACGGAAUACAACAUAAGGCACAACUUUUCGUCCGGAACCCGUGUGGACGAUCUGCUGGGGGAAGACUACCAUCUGAUGAAUUCCAUAACCAAUCUGGCGAGAAAUGCCGCUUCGACGUUGGCUGAUGUCUACGAUCACUGGACAUCCGGAGAAUUCAUCGAGCAACGCAUCUUUCCUAUAAUGGCCGAGUUGAAAAACCUAGAACGAAUAGGAGAAUCUCUCAAGAAGCGGAAAACAUGGCCGCAGCGUCCACUGCCAUACUUGAAGCCAUUCGACGCACUCGGAAUUGAUGAGAAAACCUAGCUACAUGAGUAUAUCAAGAUUCCACUGAGAAAUUAAGACUUCUGGUGAGGAUUAAGACUACUACGUGGCGUGAUGAUGAUCAUUCCCUGAUAUUUUGGUGUGUGAUUUAGCUAAGCGAAAGAGUUCGACAAGUUUAGAGUUUAAAGUAGUGGGUUUAACAAACGUAAAAUACAAAUGAACGAAUCGAUUGUAGAAAAAUGUAGAAUUGUAUUCCGGAAUUUUAUGCGGUAUUGCACUUGAUGGUAAUAACUAUGGAUUUUCUUAUAAAUGGCAUUAUAAGAUUUAUUUUGUAGGACAUAUUUUUUAGAAACUACCUUCAGCAAAGUCAAAAUAACGAAAUCGCAUCAGAUUUGAAAAGUUUAGAACCAGAUCGUGAGAAGCGUGUCUUCCUUUCCACAGGACGUUGUUCUUCAAUUCAACCGAUUUUUUAGAUUUGUUUUAAUUUGAUGGAACUGGACAAAAUGACAGAAAUAUUGUCAAAAAAAUGUUGGGCGUCAUCUAACCCUUUCAUUUUUGAGUACCGCUGUGAAUCAAAUCCCGUACAGUCUCACAUUGGGAACAAGCAUGAAGAUCUGUUUGGAAUAUUUCAUGGCAUGUUGCACACGCUUUUACCAAAAAAUGUAUAAAUAUUUAAUAUUUAUUUUGGAUAUAUUUUCUUCUUCCUAUUGGCAUUACAUCCCUCACUAGGACAUUGUUGCCUCGCAGCUUAGUGUUCAAUCAGCACUUCCACAGUUAUUUACUACCAGGUUUUUAGAGCAGGCUCCGGAAGUUUCACUCAUAUGAAUAAAACCCCAGGAUUGAUCCAAAUAGCUGAGUGCGGCUGUUCUUCUGUGAGCAAGAAUUCUCACAUAAUAUUUUUUUCCGGAUAGAACGACGUGUGAUAAACUCGUGAGCGCCUGCUCCCAGGAUAAUUUAGUUUCUCGUUACUUCUCUGGAUAUUUUUAACAAUAUUUUUUAAAAAAAUAGGGCUGCGACGGGAUUUGAACCCAAAGCAAUUUUAAAAUGUUUAGAACGCGCAUUACAACCACACCACCACACGAACUGAUUGAAAGCAAAGUGAAAACUGCUCUAUUGAACCUACUACUUAUAGUGGUGCUUGAAGAUGCAAUCAGUUUAGAGAGGCGAUCAAAGCGGCAUAUGAUUUACAACAACAUAUUUUUGCCGGACUGCUCUGCUCUGUGAGUGAGAAAUCUGUACUCAGAUUUUAAUCUUCGAUGCUUCAUGCGCGAACCAACUCGCUUGCGAUACUGCAGAAAUGAGUCUAUGGGGGGUUUUUAUUUUUUAGCAACACUGAGCCUAACACGAUGAUCCUUUAAUGCCCAGGAAAGUCAAAAAAAAUCCAACUUGAAAAUUUCCCAGACUAUCGAACCCAGCCACCUUCAGCAUGAUCGUGCUUUGUAUCCGCGCAUAUAACCGCACGGCUAAGGAAGGCCCCUUGCGGAUAUGUGAUGUUGCAGGGAAAAUGGACUUUCUCAAUAGGUUGCCAGAAUGAUGUCAUUGGAUCUAUUUUACAAUGGAAACUUGCAGAAAUUUUGCAAUUUAGGGAGUUUUUGGUAUUGUCAUUAUUUAACUAAAUAAUGACAGGAGUGCAGUAUCUACAUAAAAGAAUUGUUCAUUCCGCUCAGUCCAUGGCUUCACAUCACAAGCCAUCACAAGCCAUCUUCCACCAGAUGUAUCCACCUUUUUCUGCAGGUAUCGUUUUCGGAGGUCAUCAGUGAGCCCGAGUCCACAAACUCAUAAAUCACCUCGAUUUCGUCACCACCGAUACAAAUUCGAAAAGAGUGGCUUCGAUUGUCUUCUUUUGACCCUCUUCCUAUAUAUACUUGUAUAGAUGGCUAUACAAGUAUACUGAUCCACUUAGCUUUCCUCUUCAGUCUGAUGUAAGCUUUCUCUAUCUUCUCACUGUUAUGUGCCAUAAUACUAAUGUCUUCAAACGGACUUUGUGGUACUCGUACCACUCGUGUCAAUCCCUGAACCCCUCCAAAACGAUGUUAAGCAACAGUUCAUCAUCUUGCCGUAACGCUCUGCAUAUCUCAAAAAGACUAAAGAGCGUCCCUGAAACUCGAACUACACACAUCAUCUGAUCCGUCGUCGCCUUGACACAUCGUAUAUCCGAGAAUCUGUGUUCGUGUAUAAACUACCACAGCUGGUCUCGAAAAAAUGUGUCAUAUGCGGUAAUGAAGUUGAUCAAUAGAUUAUGUGUAGACACGUUGUAUUCGCGUGAUUGCGUGUAUCUGGCGAACUAUCGCACUUUUUUUGGUGAUGGCACAUUUUCUUCUUCUUCUUAUGAAUCCUGUACACCUCCGGUGGUGCAAAGGGCCGACUUGAAAGAUCUCCAUCCUGAGCGUUGCCCAGCUAUCGCUUUAACCUGGUGCCAGGUUAGAUUUCGUUCGACUUCUUUUAUUUGUUUAUUGAGGCUUCGCCGCCAUGAGCCUCUGGGUCUGGCUCUGCUGCGAUGUCCCGCUGGGUUCCAGUCUAAUGCUUGUUUACAGAUUUCGCUUCCGCCCUACGUAGAGUGUGGUCGACUCAGCCCCACUUCCGAUUCCGAAUUUCUGUUGGUAUCGGCCUCUAGUGACAACGACGAUGGAGCUUGUUGUUUGAGAUCCAGUUGUGAGGCCACCAGGUCCGAAUUAUU